CUCUGCCCUCCCUCAACCUCAUCAAGACAAGCCUGCCCGUGGCAGUGGCCGCCCUCUUUGCCCUUUCCCCCUCCCCGCAGCGACGAUGCUUCUGUAGCACACUUCAGAGAUCCGCCAUCCAUUCCUUGCUCAUUUUUGACCUGUUUGUUGACUGUCGUGCCGGCCCGCUCCAGCUCCCGCACGCACAUGGGCGCCCGCCGUUGAACGCCACCAGCGCCAACGACGACAGGUCGUACUUAGUAGGCGCCUGAGCUCCACGCUCGCCUGCGCCCGCGCAAUCCUAUCGCCAUGGCCUUCCUCCGCCAGACCUGGACCUUGACGGCAAAGAACCUCAAGGUCUUCCUCGUCCGCCGCUGGUUCGCCACCUUCUUCCACGCAUUCCUCCUCCCCAUCAUCAUCGCCGCCUUCCUCAGCUUCGUCCGCAACCUCUUUUCGCCCCCUGCCUACUAUGGCAUCGCCGACCCUCGCCCCAUCCGCACCUUGGGCCAAGGCCUCGGCGCCUCUGCUGGAUCUGGCCGCAACACUGUUGCCUUUGUCAACAACGGCCUGACUGGCGGCGACAUUGACCGCGUCAUUGACUCCCUCGCAGACAGCGUCACCGCCGCCGGCAAGAUUGUCGUGCGGCUCGACGCGACCUACCAGCUUGGGUCUACCUGCAAGAGCUCUCUGCGCGGCGUCACCGGUUGUUAUGGCGCCGUGGUCUUCUACUCGUCCCCGACCGAGGGCCCCUAUGGCAUCUGGAAUUAUACCAUUCGCGCCGACGGCGCCCUCGGCAAUAGGAUGGACGCCCGCUCGGCUGACAAUGACGUCCAGAUCUAUGCACUUCCCUUGCAGCGCGCCGUCGACGCCGCCAUCGUGAACAUUGACGGCACCGAGGGCGCCCGCGCGGCAUUUGCAGAAAUGCCCGACGAGUAUCUCUUCACCUCCAACACGGAGCAGGAGCGCGAGGAGCUCGUCCGGCAGCAGUACCAGGCGCAGCUCACCAAUGCCCUCGGUGUCGCCUUCAUCAUCAUCAUGAUUGGCAUCUGCUACCACAUGACCGGCGAGAUGGCCACCGAGCGAGAGAUCGGCAUGUCGCAGCUCAUCGACGCCAUGGUGCCGACCAGGUAUCUCUGGCAGCCACAGGUGAUCCGGUUCCUGUCGCAUCACAUUGCUUUCACGAUUGUGUAUCUGCCCGGAUGGGUCAUCAGUUCCCUCAUCGUCGCCCGUGGUGUCUUUGCUCACUCGAACGUCGCAGUGGUGAUCAUCCUCUUCAUCCUGACCGGCCUGUCGUUUGCGUCCAUGUCCAUACUUGGUGCUUCGUUCUUCCACAAGUCACAGCUGUCCGGGGUCGUCAGCAUCAUCGCAUACCUGCUCCUCGGCAUCCUCGCACAGUCGCUGACCGCUCCCGGAACCGGCACCGUCGCAGUCUUGAGCUUGCUGUUCGCGCCGUGCAACUUUGUCUGGCAGAUCACCAACAUUGCCAGAUUUGAACAGGCCCUGCAGCCCACGGAUCUGGUCAGGGUUGCCCCCGGAAGUCCGUGGCAAUUACCUGGCAUCGUCCUGUGGGUGUUUCUUAUCAUUCAGAUUUUCGCAUAUGCUAUUCUCGGCUCGCUCGUGGAGCGCUGGCUGCACAGCUCUGCCACCAAGGGCCGCAACAUUCUUCGUAACCCGGCCGAGCCACCACAAGAGGCUGUCCGCCUGGAUGGUCUUACCAAGGUGUACGCGCCGGGUUUCGUCCGGAAGCUCUUCUCCUUCAUCGCGAAACCCAGGGAGCCUGUCUUGGCUGUGAACAAUCUCAGCCUGGUUGCCGGCCGUGGGCAGAUCCUCGCCCUGCUCGGUGCCAAUGGAAGUGGCAAGAGUACAACCCUAGACUCCAUUGCUGGCAUCACCAAGCUUAGCAGCGGCGGCAUCACGAUUGACGGUACCGGCGGAAUUGGCAUUGCGCCCCAGAAGAAUGUCAUGUGGGACCAGCUGACGGUGGAGGAGCAUAUCAAGAUCUUCAACCGAUUGAAAUCGCCCAACAACCCUGCCUCCAGGCAGGAGAUUCGCGAUCUCGUCAAUGCCAUCGACCUAGGCCAGAAGCGCAAGGCUCUGUCCAAGACUCUGUCUGGUGGGCAAAAGAGAAAACUGCAGCUCGGCAUGAUGUUGACUGGUGGAAGUGCGGUAUGCUGCGUCGACGAGGUAUCCUCCGGUAUCGACCCUCUGUCCCGGCGUAAGAUCUGGGACAUCCUCCUCGCCGAGAGAGGCAAGCGCACCAUUAUCCUGACAACACACUUCCUCGACGAGGCCGAUCUCCUCGCUGAUCACAUCGCCAUCUUGUCCAAGGGCUCCCUGCGCGCCUCGGGUACCUCCGUCGAACUCAAGGACAAGUCCGGUGCGGGAUACCGCGUGCACGUGUUCAACGCGCGCGAGGUCAAAAAUGCCCCCGACGUCGAGGGUGUCGAGCGCAAGGUGUCCUUUGACGUGAUUAGCUAUCUGGCGCCGACAUCCCAGCUCGCCGCGCAGGUGAUUCGCAAGCUCGAAGCGGGCGGGAUCACUGAUUACAAGUUCUCCGGCCCGACGAUUGAGGACACCUUCCUGCAAGUUGCCGAGGAGGUCAGGGACGAGGUUGCCGCUGGUAAGGUCGAGCAUGCUGCGGUCAGCGGCAUGUCGACCAAGGAGCGAGGUGCGACGACUCCUGAGGACUCGGACAGUCCUGAGAAGGCGGACCUCGAGCUCCUAGCUGGCCGCCCGAUCGGAUUCGUCCAGCAGACGUGGAUCCUCAUCCUCAAGCGCUGUGUUGUGUUCAAGAAGAACUGGUUCCCCUAUGUCGUUGCCUUCUUCAUCCCCGUCAUCGCUGCCGCGCUGACGCAGCUGUACGUGCGGAACUCGAGCGCCGUCAGCUGCCAGCCUCCACAGAAGGACACUGCUGUCUCGACCGGCUUUACAAAACUGUACAAUGAUUUGUACAUGGUGGGCGGGCCGUCGUCGCAGUUUGGCGCGGAGGAGCUGCAGCGGGUCUUUGGACCAAGUUUCGGCUCCAACCCGGUCGUCUCCGGCAUUGCUGUGCAAGCGUUCAUCAAUGGCUUGCACCUGGUCGACUCUCUGCCCGACUUUGAACAGUACAUCGAGGUCAACCGCAAGAAUGUCACGCCCGCAGGCUGGUGGCUCGGUGCGGACAACACGACACCGACUCUCAGCUACUUCGGCAACUUUGGCAGCGUCCUCACGGGUAUCUUUGGUCUGAAUGCCCUUGACAUGAUGCUGGCCAACAUGACGAUCCACACGACGUAUGCCAGUUUCGAUAGCCUGUGGCAGCCUACCGUCGAGAACGCCUUCCAACUGCUCGUGUACUUUGGUCUGGCGUCCACCGCGUUCCCGGGCUUUUUCGCGCUCUACCCGAAUAUCGAACGGAGGCGCAAUGUACGUGGGCUGCAGUACUCGAACGGUGUGCGAUCCUUGCCGCUCUGGUUGGCACAUCUGGCCUUUGACUUCUCCAUCGUUCUGGUGGCUGCGGCUGUCACUAUUGGCAUCUUUGCAGCCACGUCUUCAGUCUGGUUCCAUGUUGGCUAUCUGUUUGUCGUCUUCAUGCUCUACGGCCUCGCGACGAUUCUGUUCGGCUACGUCGUUUCGCUGUACUGCCGGUCUCAGUUGGCGACGUACGCCAUCGCCGCGGGCAGUCAGGCUGUCGGCUUCCUCGUUUAUCUGAUCGCAUAUCUUUCUAUCAUGGUAUAUGCUCCUGCACCCACCGUCGAUCGUGCGAUCGUGAUCGCACAUUUUGUCCUCUCGGCGCUCUUCCCGAUCGGCUCUCUUAUUCGCACGUUGUUUGUCACGCUCAACUUGUUCUCCAGCUCGUGCUCAGGUGAGGCGUUCACGAGCAACCCGUCGGGCAUGCUCUUCUACGGCGGCCCGAUCUUGUUCCUGGUGGUCCAGUCUGUCCUCUUAUUCCUUUUCCUGCUGUGGAACGACAGCGGCGCCAGCCGGAUGCUGGGCAGGUUCGUAGGACGCCGGGCCAAGUCGACCAAGAUUGAUGGCGAAGAGCCAGACGAGGAGAUCAUCAAGGAAGUCGAGCGCAUCGACGGCGCCGCCACGGGAACCACGGAACACUCUGACGGGCUGCAGGUCAAGCACCUGACCAAGUCGUUUGGCAAGAACACAGCCGUCGACAACGUCACGUUCGGCAUCCAGCACAGCGAGGUGUUUGCGCUGCUCGGCCCCAACGGCGCAGGCAAGUCGACCACCAUUUCGCUGAUCCGGGGCGACAUCCAGCCGUCGCGGAACGGCGGCGACGUGCUGCUCGAGAAGACGUCCAUCACGCGGCACUGGGCCGCCGCGCGGUCGCACCUGGGCGUGUGCCCGCAGUUUGACGCGAUCGACAACAUGACGGUGGUCGAGCACCUGCGCUUCUACGCGCGGAUCCGGGGCGUCUCGGACGUCGAGCACAACGUCAAGGCGGUGCUCGCGGCCGUGGGGCUCUCGUCGUUCCAGACGCGCAUGGCCGCGGCCCUCUCGGGCGGCAACAAGCGCAAACUCUCGCUGGGCAUCGCGCUCAUGGGCAACCCGUCGGUCGUCCUGCUCGACGAGCCCUCGUCGGGCCUCGACGCCGCCGCCAAGCGCAUCAUGUGGCGCACCCUGGGCGCCAUCGUCCCCGGCAGGUGUAUCCUGCUCACCACGCACUCGAUGGAGGAGGCCGACGCGCUCGCCACCCGCGCGGGCAUCCUGGCCAAGCGCAUGCUCGCCCUGGGCACCGUGGACAACCUGCGCACCCGCUUCGGCGACGCCCUGCACGUCCACCUCGUCAGCUCGUCCGCGCCGCACUCGACCGACGCCGAGAUGCAGCGCAUCCGCGACUGGGUCCUCGCCCAGUGGCCCGGCGAGGGCGUCGUCGACGUCGAGAGCAAGACGUACCACGGCCAGAUGCGCUUCUCCAUCCCCGCGAGCGCCAUUCCCGCAGCCGCGCCGCCGGCAACGACACAAACCACCCCAGCCACCGGCGCCGACAACACCAUCACCACUACUGCAACGACUACUACUACGACAACCACCGCCCGGGCAGACGGCAGCGCGAUAGGGCGGCUGGUCGUGCUGCUCGAGGAGAACAAGCGCGCCUUGGGCAUCGAGCACUACAGCGUGACCCCGACAACGCUGGACCAGGUGUUCCUCACCAUCGUCGGGCGGCACAACGUCCUGGAGGAAGGGUACAAGAAGGAAGGUGAUGAGAAGAAGAAGGGUUUCUGGAAGUGGAAGUGAUCCCAACCUCCGCUUCCUUCCAAGUCAAGAUGUAAUUAAUUUAUUAGAAGUGGUCAAAUACAACACACAUAAAUACCUUGUGUAUAUAGAGACGUAUUGAAGAAGCACAGAUGCACAUUUCACGG